AUGUUGGUGAAAGUUUCAGUGCUUCUAUUAGCCAUGUGCAUUAGAGGAUAUCGAGCUGAUGUCAACACUGACCAGAUAAGUGAUGUCUUCUGGAAUUACCUCACACAGCUGACCGGUGCUACUAAGAACAAAGCAGACAACCUUCAGCAAUCAGACAACAGUAAACAGCUGCAGGCUCUCAUUGAAGAAAACCUGAAAAUCGUAAAUAAUCUUGAUGGUGAAUUAGUGGGCCAGCUCAUUCCUUUGGCUAAGCAAAUGCGCGAACAACUGACUCAAGACUCUCAAACACUGCGAGAACAAAUCAGACAAGAGUUGGAGAAGUUGGGGGAAAAGUUGACUCCAUACACAGAUGAGGUGCAAAAGCAGCUGAAUAGGAAUGCAGAGGAGCUUCAAGUCAAAUUGACUCCAUCUGCUAAGGAGUUUCAAGACCAGCUUGAUAAAAGCACCCAGGUUCUCAGUGAGCAGCUGAAAUCUAUAAAAAGGAACCUAGAGACCAAGAUCAAAGAAGAUGCAGACCAUGCGCAGACAUCAAUGGCCCCAUAUUCCCUGGAACUAAAAAGUACCAUAGAUGGCAAUAUGGAGCUCCUAGAGAAACAGCUGAAAAGUAUCAACAAUCAAGUAAAAUAUCAUAUUGAUCAGCAAAUGGAAGAGCUAUAUAAAAGCCUGAUACCUUAUGCAGAGGACAUGCAAAAUGAACUACACAAACAUAUCAAGAACAUGGACUUUCAGAUGAAGAAGAAUACUGAGCAGAUGGAGACGAAGAUAUUAGAAUUUGCAGGAAAACUGCGAGAGCAACUCUACUCAUAUGCCAAUGAGCUAAGAGACAAGUUGAAUGGUGAUAUGUCAAAUGUCAAACAGACAAUGGAGCCAUACCUUACUGAGAUGAACCAACAGAUGGACCAGAAGAUCGAAGAGUUUAGAGAGACAAUAACCCCCUUUGCAGGUUCCCUCAACAAGGCACUUGUAAAGAGAGUGAAAGACAUGAAGAAGAAAUUGGGAGAAUACACUGUGAGUGUGCAGGAUCUAAUGGAGUACUUGGACAAAAACAUUCGAGACAAGAUCCGUGAUUUCAUCAUCCAAGGGCUAUCUGCUGAAAACUGA